UCAUUUCAUAUUUUUCAUUCGCCUCACCAAACAGUAGACAAUAAAAUCACAAAUAUUUGAGGAUUUUGCAGGUCAAAAAGUGUCCCAAUAUAAAAAUACAAAAACAAAUAUAAUGGCAGGCUCAGCGUUGCGACGGCUGAUGGCCGAAUAUAAGCAACUUACCCUGAAUCCGCCCGAGGGAAUUAUCGCUGGACCGAUUUCGGAAGAGAACUUUUUCGAAUGGGAAGCUUUGAUCACGGGACCUGAAGGAACCUGUUUCGAGGGUGGUGUCUUUCCUGCUAAACUCGUUUUUCCGCCAGACUAUCCGUUGUCGCCACCUAAAAUGAAGUUCACAUGCGAGAUUUUUCAUCCCAACAUUUUUUCGGACGGCCGCGUAUGCAUCUCAAUAUUGCAUGCACCCGGAGACGAUCCACUGGGAUACGAAUUGUCUGCGGAACGAUGGAGUCCCGUUCAGAGUGUCGAAAAGAUAUUACUUAGUGUUGUUUCCAUGUUGGCAGAACCCAAUGACGAAUCUGGAGCAAAUGUUGAUGCUGCAAUAUUGUGGAGAGAAAAUCGCGAAGAAUUCAAUAAGAUAGCUAGACGUCUUGUGCGAAAAACAUUAGGAUUGCCCUCAUAAGAGCAGCUAUAUGUGAAGAACGGUUACUAGAAAAUGGUUUUAAAUUGAGGAAUUAUUUUUUAAAAAUUUGUCACAUAUAUUUUUUUCAAGUAAAUUUCAGCAUUUUAUUUACAUAAAUGAUUGUAUAUUAGACUUAGAUUGCUAUUAAAAUUGUAAAAUAUAAAUAU